CAAAACAAGAGAGAAACAAAGGAAUGUUAAACUUUUCUUCCAGAGACGACAUCCAGGUGGAUGGACAGGAUGCCACAGAUGGCACUGUUAAUACUUCUGUACAAGAUGGGCCUGAGAAUGGUGAAAACAGAAGAGUUGAGGACUUAGCAGAAGAAUUAAGCAAACUCAAGCUCAAUCUGGAAACAGAAUCAGAGGAAAAGAAGAUCCUGAGGGAUCAGCUCACAUCUAGUGAGAAAAAGUACAAGGAUCAGUUGAUUACUCUCCAGGAUGAAGCUGAAAAAGUAACUGAAAAAUUAAAGAAAAAGCAGGAAAGCUUUGUUAAUUUACAGUCUGAGAAGGAAGAGCUAUUCAAAGAAAGCAAUAAGAAGAUUGAGGAGUUACAGUCAGCGAGGGACAGAGACCAGAAGUAUUAUCAAGACCAGAUCAACAAACUGCAGCAGGAGAUUGAGAAACAUAAAAAAUCUGAUGAGAGUAAGCAGUCCUCAUCAGAUCACCAGAUACAGGAUCUACAGAGAACUGUGAAGACUCUUCAGUCACAGGUUGAUGCUGCUGGCAUUGUGGGCUCCCAGCAGCUCCAGGAACAGAGCAGCAAGUAUGAGCAACAGGUCACAGAGCUACAGAACAAAGUGGAACAGCUGUCACAGCACAGGGAGGACUUGCAGCUGCAGCUGAGGGAGAGCCAGAAGGCGAGCCAGGAGACCCUGGACCAGCUCCAGGCUGCCCAGAAGGAGAGAGACACAGAGAUACAGGCCCUACAGGAGGUCAGCAAGAUUGCUGAGAAGAGGAAAUCCCUACUGGAUGAGCUGGCCAUCAAGUACCAGAAGGACUGUGACUCUCAUCACGCCUACAUCAAGCAGGUGGAGGAGAAGCAUGGGGACGAGGUGCAGGCACUGCAGAAACACAUAGAGGAACUAGGGCUAAGAUGUGAUCAGUUACAGAAAUAUGAACAUCAGUGCGAUGAACUCCAGACAAGAGUUAAGUCCCUUGAAGAUGCAAAAGGCUGGUUGGAGAGACGAUUGAAGGAAACAGAGGAGAACAUGCAGCAGGUGAAGCUGAGUCACGAGGAAGUGAUCAGUGAGAUGAAGUCCAGCCAGGAGACGGAGAUGCUGAAUCUCAGGUCAGCCCACAAAGAGGAGGUCACUGCAAUACACGAAAAAGAACAAAUAGAAACUAAGGAAUGGCAAACUAGGGAGGAGAGUUUAAUGGAAGAGAUUGGAAGCCAGAAGGAAAGGAUUACAUCUUUAGAACAGGAAAUUAAAGACAGUGUAGGUGAGAAGAAGAUCCAUGAAAAGAAAGGCAUGACUAUGCUGAAGGACCUGAAGCGGCAGCUCCAUGCUGAGAGGAAGAGGGCAGAGAAACUGCAGGAGAGGCUGCAGGAUGUCUUGUCUGAUACCAAGAACAGACAGAGUAUAGAGGAUCUGUUCCGGCCUGUCGACCCGUCAGACCCACUAAGGGGAGACAGCAGCUCUGUGUCGUCCUGGAGUGCAGGAGCCAGUGGAUUAGGAACCAAAGACUCCAUGGCCAGUGGGCCGCAGUCACCCAACCACACGGCCAACUUCAGUUUCACCAGUGAGGUGGAGCAGGAAUACGGGGAGCUGAUGGCACGGGUUGCUGAUGUACAGCAGCAGAAGUGGGCUCUGGAGGAGAAGGUCUCUCAUCUGGAGACAAGCAAUGCAUGCAUGGCUGAUGACUUGUUGAAGAAGACUGCCAUCAUUAGCUACUAUGUCAUGGACAGCAGAUCAGAUCGACGACCAUCCCAUUCCCACAACCAUGACGAUAAGUUGUCCCUCAACAAGAUCCUGGAGGUCAUUAAGAAGGGAGAUGACCAGGAACUUAAAGAUAUGAACAAGAAGCUUCAGCGUAUGUUGGAAGAGACCCUCACCAAAAACAUGCAUCUCCAGCAGGAUCUGGAGAUAAUGUCCCAAGAAGUUGUGCGGCUCAGCAAGCUCAGUCACUCCCAGACAACACCACAAACCCCACCUGAGGAUGAUGGCAUGGACAUCACUGAUGCCGGAGAUGUCACCUCCUCAUAGCAUCUAACGCCACCAUGAAUAUUGUUACUUCAUUCUUUAUCAUGUUACGAUGCUCAGCACAUUGGGCUAGAACUUGUUGUUGUUAUAGACAGGCAGUGUCUGCGGUCUUGAGAAGGUAGGAGCUAAAUGGGCAGGAAUGUAUUCCUUCUGCUACAGUUCACAACCAGUGUCAGGUCAGAGUAAUAUGGAACAUAAUGGAUUUCACAAUUUGCAUUGCAGAGUUGUGUCCCUUGAACAAUCCAGAGAUGUAUGAUCAUGGUUUUAACCCUUGAUUAUAUUUCUGGGUGUGUCAGAGUUAUAUUUAGAGUUGUAGGUAUCCCCAAAGGUGUAGACAUCUGAGAUCUGUAUCACUUCAGGCAUACCACCCACAUUGUCAUAUCAUGGGGAGACAGAGCGUGGUUAAACCCAGUUCGCUCACCUACACACCCAAAAAGAUGCUCUAUCUCACUAAAGGAUCCCAUGUAAGGAGCAUAUCACAUAAACCAACUCAGGAGAGAUGGAGAAUGUCACUCAUGUAGCUUAUAAUGUGAAAUGCUAGAGUUUGCCUGAUAAUAAGCAGGGCCUUCACUGUCCAAGGUACAGGUACAGAGACAUUAGUGGUGUCAUUGUGGUAACUGAUGAUGUCACGAUGGUCUGCAGGGCCUUUGCUGAAAUGUCAAUCAAUAUCACCUCUGAAAACAAAUUUUGGAUAAUAAAGUAUUUUGUUGUUCUGUAUUGGACAAGAACUUGCCUUGAAGAAUUUGUUCCUAUAAAGUGCGUAAAAAUCAAAUGAGCAUGUGCUUCUUAUGUAAGACCAUGAGUGUAUAUUCAGUUAAAUAUGUAGCAAUUAUGAACUACACUACCUUGUCAAGACCAGCUGAAGAUGACAGUGUGUUUGUUGACUUGUUAACUGUAGCUUGGAUUGCAUGAGAACUUGCCCAUCACUUGCUCAUGUUGACAAUAGAAGAAGCCAUAUCUUGGUCUACAGACUUGACUACCAUGUCCUGCAUCAUAUUGAUGUUGGUGAUUUAGUGCAGGAGCUUUUUCUAUACGUAUCAGUGAUGACUUUAAUAUUCUUGUGAUAUUAUAUCUGAUAUGGUUAUUAUCUUCCUUGUUUAAAGUCUUUUAUGGAGAUUUAUCAUAUGUUAUUGUUAAAUUCAUUCAACAAUGACUUUCAUUUCUUAAUGCUUAUUUAGGAGUCAGUGUUGUUGCCUUGUUCUUAAUG